AUGACAAGCUGUGACAUAUCUCCUCGAGCCACAUCGACUCGCAUAGUCGGCACCAUCUGGUGGUUCUUCAUUCUCAUAAUGGUCUCUUCUUACACAGCGAAUCUGGCCGCCUUUCUCACCAUCGAGCGCUUGCAAACAGAGAUUGAAUCUAUUGACGACCUAGCGAGACAGACGAAAAUCAAAUAUGGUACCCUCAAAGGAGGCUCAACCCAUGCCUUUUUUAAAGUGAGUCCUAUAUACCUACCAGAUUACUGGGACAGGAAGAGAUGCCUUAAUCCGGAAUAUGCUCGGGUCAAUAUGACGUAA